AUGCCAACAUCUCCUCCUGUGGGUAGUGUGGCACCUGUCGGGGACCAAGAUAUAAGUAGUCCUUCCCCGCAUUUGGAUGAUGGUAUUCUGCCCUCUCACUCAAAUCAUCAUUUAGCAGUAGCUCAGCAGUUACAGCAACAACCAUCAAUUGAUCAAGUGCAAGAAGAAGAAAUAAAUGACGAGAAAGAAAAGGAAAAGAACUCUUUUCACAACUUACUAAAAUUAUCCAAGUAUACGUCCGUGGUGUUGGAGAAUAAGGGCUCCGUUGCGAGGGACCAUUUAUCUAAUGAAAGGACGCUACUUGCUUGGGUGAGAACGGGUGCUACUUUUCUAACCCUCUCUAUUGGAAUGCUUCAAAUAUUCUUGGUCCAAGAAAUGGCAUUCAGUACGUAUUUCAAGGGAAAAAAGCUGGACCUAGACUAUAAUCCCAAAUAUUUGUAUGUGCAUAGCUUAGGAAAGCCUAUAUGUAUAGUAGGAGUAAUAGUAGGAGUAUUAUCUUUGAUGUUCGGCACUUCCAGGUAUAUUCAAGUACAGUCGAUGCUAAUGAGAGAUUUCUACCCAGCUACGAGACUUACUUUAUCAUUCUUAGUGAUACUUAGUAUGGUUGUCUCCUUAUUAAUUUUGGUCUUGGUCAUUAAGAUUGUUUGA